AUGCGUUCCCGCUGGUGCGCUCUUUCCCUUGCUAUCCCCACCGUCGCUCUUUUUCUUCUACUUGCGACUUUGUCGGCGGACGCGUCUCUUGUUGUCAACGAUGCGUUACCAGUAGACAUGCUGCUGGCCAAACGGGAUGACCACCACCACCACCAUAUGGGUGCUCCCCUUACAGAACUCAACGAGACAGAAGUGACCCUCCAUCAUGCCGCCAUACCACCAUCAUGGUACACACUCGACUUUGAGAACGACCCCCCAACAGACCGUCAAUACCCUGGGCUCAUGUUUAUGCAUGUGGUGAUGAUGUGUCUCGCAUUCUUCGUUGCGCUUCCGGCAGGCAUCAUCAUGCGGUCCGUCAAGCAUUCAUGGCAUGGUGCUGUCAUGAUCCUUUUCUAUGGGCUAUCUCUUCUAGGAUGCGCCUCGGUCGCGUUGUACAAAAAGCUCACUCCCAACAUGUACCAAGGAUCCGUUCAUGGGAUGCAGAGUUAUCUAAUACUGGCUAUCACCAUCCUGUUGACAUGCAUCGACUUACUCAAUGUUUUCCAUCGGAUUGUCUCGUUCUUCCAGGGCGGUAACAAAUUUAUGUUGCGACGCUUCUGGAACAUCGCUAUUUUGGGUAAAGAUGACAUCGCCCAUGGUUUGCUUGACGAAUACACGGGUUUAGUCACGGAGGAGCCAGAGCAGUAUGAACUGGACGACCCAAAGCCUUCAAGCAGCCUAGUGACCGAUAGGCAUGUCCACUACGGCGACGAGACCAUCCACGGAGAUACAGCGGAAUGGGCUAACAACGUGAAUCGUCACCACAGAGAAUUUUCUCAUUCAGCAGCCUCAGAUCGUACGCUCUUUGGCGCCCGUUCUUCUCACUCAGACGAUUUCCUUGAUGUGGAUUUCAAAUCUCCCAAAACGAGGGUGACUUUGCUCAGGCGGAUAGGCCAGGGUAUCUUUGCGACGGUCGAAAGAUCAAUCGUAAUUGCCGCAUACGGCGAAGCGGUUCUCGGUGUCGUGAUCUACACUGGUGGUUGCAGAGGAAAUUACACAAAUGGAUGUCUCGCGCAUCUCAUCAAGGGUGGCAUCUUCUGGUGCUACGGCCUGCUCACCUUUGCUCGUUUCCUGGGUUCCUACUCCGACCUUGGCUGGGCGUGGAACAGAGCUCCAAAUAAGGAGUAUGUCACCGCGGAAUUUGUGGAGUCGCUGGUUAUAUUUUCUUACGGUAUUACGAACACCUGGAUGGAGCGCUUUGGCGCCAAACCUGGGGACCCAUUCACCACAAAACAGAUUCAGCAUAUUGGUAUCGCUGUAAUGUUCUGGUUUGCUGGUCUCAUGGGCAUGGCUCUUGAAUCAAGGAGAAUCAGGAAGUGGAUGGCCUCUUCGACUAUCGCCGCCUUGCCCACUAGUGCCUCUAAAGAGGCUGUUGCUGAACCGCCUAGUUACAUUGCGAGCUUUAACCCUUUCCCUGCCUUAGUUAUCGGAGUGACGGGAGCUGCAAUGUCGGCACACGCACAGACAUAUGUAUUCCAAGUGCAAAUACACAUGCUCUGGGGCUACCUUUUGGCUGCUUUCUCCGUCCUACGAUGCUUGACCUAUUUCUUCGUUUGGCUUGGUCCCCCUCGUUCCAUCCUUCCUUCUCGGCCGCCAACAGAGGCUCUGGGGAGCUUCUUCCUCGCUUGCGGAGGACUGUCUUUCCAAUUCUCGACAGAAGAAUUGACCAUCGCAGCUAUGCGAAGAGGUCGUGAUGAUGUUAUGAUGUUCAUGAAUGUUGCUGUUGCAAUGACAUGCCUGGCAUUCACCUGGACGAUCUGUGUCGUCGGUUUCAAGGGCUACUUGAAAUCACGACUCAACCCCCAGGUGUCGUAUCACAGUUCUGCAUGA